AUGGGCUGGACAAUGAGGCUGGUCACAAGAGCCCUGUUUCUGGGCCUCACAAUGAUGAUCACCAGAGGCUGGGACAAAAGGGACGUGUGUGUGUACCAGCAGCUGCCUGCCGAGGAUAAUGUCUUCUGCACGGGCCUUCACAUUUCCUACGAAGAGUUGAAGAAUCUCACCUGCAUAUAUGUUCCUGAAUGCAACAACUACAGGGAGAAGAUCACCAAAUGGCCCCAUCCAAAUGUCACGUUCCCAGAGGCCAUGGAGAAUUCAACCUACCUGCUGGUGAUGGUGGAUCCAGACGCCCCUAGCAGGGUUAAUCCCCUCGCUCGGUACUGGAGACAUUGGCUGGUGGCAGAUAUCCAAGGCUCUGACUUGAAGAUGGGGAAUAUACAGGGCAGGGUGUUAUCAGCCUACCAGCCUCCCACCCCACCACCAAAAACUGGCUACCAUCGCUACCAGUUCUCCGUCUAUCUUCAAGGAAAAAAUAAAAUAACUCUCCUUCAAUACGAAAUGCAGAGUCUAGGCGCUUGGCAACUGGAAGGAUUUCUGAGUCGCUACAAACUAAAUCAAAGUGAAGCAAGGACUCAGUUCAUGACCCAAAAUCACAUGGACUCGCCAGGUCCCCAGGUUCCCGGAGCAAACAGGACUACGCACGAGAUAUGCAAACAGACAUAA